AUGACAGAGCAAAGUACGCGCGAGCAUAUGAACAUUCGUCAUGUUUCGGACCAUUCCAAUGCACCUUGGAGAUGGCAAGAUGACUUGAUUGCAAGAACUCAUAUAGGACAGCAUAUCGCCAAAAAAUUUAAAAUACUACGUCCCCCCUUGCACGUUGGAGAAGUGGGCUGCAGGGGGUCCAUCCUGCAUUCCACGCCUCCACCGGGCGACCCACCCCAAAAUAGGAGUGAUUGGGUGAUGAAGGGGAUGGCCGAUCAAGAUGAUCCAUCCGCUGCCACAUUGUCAAAGUCGGCGAGAGACAGCAUGGAGAGCGACGAAUCUAGCCGAGGGCCGCCCCAGACGGGAAUCAGAUAUAAUACAUUGUAUCUCUUAACGACCUGUGAACCUGUCUCACACCCGCCGCACCCGAUGACUCCGUCGACGCAGAGGUCACUGCACUCUCCACGUCGCACACAUCGUAUUCCGGACGAUGAGCACGAGCACGCUCACAUACUAUAUCGGCAUAGUAGGCUGGCGGGCAAAUGCUCACAGCUUUGGUGGCUCGUCCGAACAAAUAGCAGAGCUCGUGAGUUAGGCGCUCCAGCUCGUUGGCCGCUCGUUCGCACAAAACGCCCAGCUCCGCCUCCUGAACGGCCUUCAAAGCGACCUUGCAUUAAGCCAAACGAUUCAACGCCAGACGAGCCGCCCUCAUCCCCUUUGAGACCCCUCGAUAAAAUAGCGACCCCUAAACCGUUUGACACCUUUAAACCAGAGCCAUUUGCUCAUGUGGUAGAAGAAAUUGGAUCAGACUGCUGGGCUCUAUUUGAGCAAUGGAUACCUCGAUGGCUAGUUGAGAAAUGGGUUGCUUGGACGAAUGAAAAAAGGGGGGCUAUGGCGGUGCCUGCGGCGCGUCAAGCCUCCUGGAUUCCGACUUUCACUGAGGAGAUCUAUCUCUUAAUCCCCAGGCAUCCAUUUACUCGAUUAAUUAGUCGGGAUCGAUUCCUUCUUCUAAUGCGGAACAUCUGUCUUUACGAUUCAUCUGAUACUACUGCUAGAGUCUGGGACAAAGUAGAUGAUUGGAAUCAGCAUAUGCAAAGCAUUCCGAUGUGCCUUUGGUGUCCUGGUUCCCAAAUAUCCAUUGAUGAGGCUAUGGUUCCUUUCAGUGGCCGCAGUAAAGAGAUUGUACGCCUGCCGUCAAAGCCAAUCCCAAUUGGCUUCAAGGUUUGGGUUAUGGCGCAACAGGGUUAUUUUCUCCAAUGGGCUUGGCAUGAGAAAGGCGGUGGGCCCGUUGGAUUGACUCCUCAAAUCUUCUCUGGAAAGGCUUUGGCAAACACCCAAGCCGUAGUUGCUUGGCUCCUUUCAAAGCUUCCACCGGCACCAUCUCCUUCCCGUGGCUACCAUGUCUUUAUAGAUAAUCUCUUCGCGACGGCUCCCCUUUUGAAACUUCUACGUGAGCGUGGCAUUGCGGCAACCGGGACGACAAGAGCCCGUACAGGAGGUAUUGGUGACAAAUUCAUAUCGCUGAAAAAAGAGGACGAUAAAAGGGACUGUAUACCUUGGGGAACAGCUUACUCUCGGCCAACGAAAGAUCAAAAGGUGAUGCAAUUUGCUUGGAAAGAUAAUAUCCUUCGUCUUCGGCACUGCCCUUCCAAGACCUCGAGCUCUGCAAAGACUGCAAGGUUCCCAUUUGACGGCGAGUUCGCUAAAGAGCUCCCUAUCCCACAGUUUAUCGAUGACUACAAUCAUUUUAUGGGAGGUGUUGAUAUUGGUGACCAACUAAAGUCAUCGUAUAACUGGGAUCGACGAACAAGGCGCGGAGGCUGGCGGGCUAUCGCGUUCCUUUUCCUACUGGAGGUUUGCAUUACAAAUUCAUGGCAACUCUGGCGGCGGCAGGAAGGCAACAAAGAGAGUCAUCUAGACGUUAGACGUAACUUAUAUAGAGACUCAAAGAUACGCAGGCCUAAGCGAGGAUGGUGUGCUUUCUGUUCUUCUAAUAAGAAGAAGGCUAUUUUAACUGUUGAGUACCCCCAUGGGCAAAAUCAACGAAAGUCCAAUAUAUUUUUUGGUUGUACAGUGGGAGCAUUUUAA